AUGGCAGAUAAAGACCCUGAUAUUUGUUCCCACAAAUUCCCUUCUGCUUUCCAGGUAUUGGAAGAACUAAGAGAACUAUGGGGCAUGGCCUUUCCCAUUACAGCCAUGAACUGUUUGGUUUUUGUCCGAGCUGUGGUUUCAGUCCUAUUUCUAGGCAGGCUUGGAAGCCUAGAGCUAGCAGGAGGUGCCCUCUCCAUAGGCUUCACCAACAUCACUGGCUACUCUGUGUUGGUGGGUCUUGCCUCAGGCCUAGAACCUGUUUGUAGCCAAGCCUAUGGGAACAAAAAUUGGGAGCUUCUCACUCUGUCCCUUCAAAGAAUGGUCCUGAUCCUUCUCUUGGCAAUAAUACCCAUCAGCCUCUUAUGGCUCAAUCUUGAAACAAUCAUGGUGUUCAUGGGACAAGACAAAGCAAUCACAUCAAUGGCUGCCACUUACUGUUUGUAUUCAAUCCCAGACUUGUUAACAAACACAGUUUUGCAGCCUUUGAGGGUUUUUUUGAGGUCACAGAAAGUGACCAAGCCAAUGAUGUACUGUUCAAUGAUAGCUGUGGCCUUCCACGUGCCAUUGAACUGGGUUUUGGUGGAGGUGAUGGGCCUUGGAGUGCCAGGAGUGGCCAUGGCGUCGGUACUGACGAACCUGAACAUGGUGGUGCUGAUGGCAGCGUACGUGUGGUGGGGAUGGAGGCAGGGGGAGAUGAGAUGGAUGGCUGGGAUUGGAGAUUUGUGUGGUGGGAUUGGACCACUGUUGAAGUUGGCAGUGCCAAGCUGCUUGGGCAUAUGUUUGGAGUGGUGGUGGUAUGAGAUUGUGAUUGUGAUGGCUGGUUAUUUGCCAAAUCCUACUGUCGCUGUGGCCGCCACUGGGAUUCUUAUUCAGACCACUAGCAUGAUGUACACUGUCCCCAUGGCCCUUGCUGGCUGUGUUUCUGCCAGGGUUGGGAAUGAGCUUGGUUCAGGCAACCCAUACAGGGCCAAGCUAGCAGCCAUGGUAGCAUUGGGAUGUGCAUUUGUGAUUGGCAUCGUCAAUGUGACAUGGACGGUGAUUCUUAGAGAGAGGUGGGCUGGCCUGUUCACCAGGGACGAGCUGGUCAAAAUCUUGGUUGCAUCAGUUAUGCCAAUUAUGGGGGUUUGUGAGUUAGGCAACUGCCCUCAAACUACUGGCUGUGGCAUCUUACGUGCCACAGCGCGCCCGGCCGUGGGUGCCCGUAUCAAUUUGGUCUCUUUCUAUUUUGUGGGCACUCCUGUCGCGGUCGGGCUAGCCUUCUGGCUCAAGGUAGGGUUUGGUGGGCUUUGGUUUGGCCUUUUAUCUGCUCAGGUGGCUUGUGCUGUGUCUAUUCUCUAUGUUGUGCUGGUCAAGACUGAUUGGGAGGCUGAGGCUUUGAAGGCCAAGAUGCUCACAGGCUUGGAAAUGGGGGUUUGCAAUGGGGUGAAAGAAAAAGGCCAUCAAAAUGAUGAAGAAAACAGGUUACUGAUGCAUGGAGAUGGCAAUAACAAUAAUAAUAUAGAUGAUGAGAUUUUUUAG